AUGCAGGACCCCAGCGCAGACACCGAGUGGAAUGACGUCUUAUGCAAAAAGGGCACGUUGCCCUCAAAGGAAAGUGCCAAAGAACUAGAAAAGGAGGCCGAGGAGGAGGAGCCGCGACUCUUUCAGCAGUCUGCGGUGAAAACGUACGAAGACCUGCCUUUGGAAGAGCUGGAGGAAAAUGCAGAUGCAUUUAACGAGGAGGAUGAACGUGCCCUUGAAAUGUACAGGCAGCAAAGACUGGCUGAGUGGAAAGCAACUAAACUGAAGAAUCAAUGUGGAGACGUUUUGGAGAUCUCGGGAAAGGAUUAUGUUCAGGAAGUUACCAAAGCUGGUGAGGGCCUAUGGGUAAUCUUGCACCUUUACAAACAAGGGAUUCUCCUCUGUGCUCUAAUAAAUCCACACUUCCGUGGACUUGCAAGGAAGUUUCCAGACGCUAAAUUUAUCAAAGCCAUUUCAACAACCUGCAUACCCAAUUAUCCUGAUAGGAAUCUGCCCACGAUAUUUGUUUAUCUUGAAGGAGAUAUCAAAGUUCAAUUUAUUGGACCUCUGGUGUUUGGUGGCAUGAACCUGACAAGAGAUGAGUUGGAGUGGAAAUUGGCCGAGUCUGGAGCAAUCAAGACAGACCUGGAGGAGAACCCCAAGAAACAAGUAGAAGACAUGCUCCUGUCUGCAGUGCGCUGCUCGGGGCCCGUGAGGAGAGACAGCGGCUUAGAGGAUGACUGAGGCACCAGCAGGAGCAGCACGCUGAGCUUCCUUGAUGUGACAAAUUAUCGAGACAUUUUCAAAGAAAAUCUAGAACGCCAUCCUUGAGUUUUAGCCUUUUAUAUACAAUUAUGUUUUAAUUUUCAUAUCCGAGAUCAUCAUUGCUGGGAACCUUUUAAAAUUUUUUG